GCCAUUGUAUUGCUCAUUAAACCUUUGGUUUAGCGACGUCGCCGUUGCCGUCGUGGUUUUCUUAAACUCGCUAUUGUCUUUGCAACUGCAUAUUUAUCAACAACAUUGCUGAACAAAGUCAGAGCAAAAUUGCAAGGCAUGACAGAAAUAAGAAGCUUACGACGACUAAGCUUUUGUCGAUUGUGCUCGUAAAAUUGGCAUAAUAUGCUCCUAGCACUGCUCAAGAUUUUACGGCGACUGGACGCUUGAAAGAGUUGGAGACAUACCCUUGAAUAACUCAAAACUCAACUGAACUCAGUACACUGAGCACUAAUGUUGGAAGAUAGGGCAUAUGAGUAGGGUGACGGGGGGGGGGUUGGGCUUAUGGGAUACAGACAAUUAUCAAGCCCAAUUAUAAGCUGUUAAAUUGGGGGGACCCUCGCUGGAAGAAGAGAGCAAAAUUGAAUCUGGGUGUGGUUGGGACAGUUAUUAGCUAAUUUUUCGGCAAUUUCUCAGCUAUAUCAGUUAAAAUUUCCGCCCAUUUCUUAGCCGGCUGUUAGUAAUUUUUUUAGAUGUAAGAUUUCUAAUUUCAGUUAAGCUAUCCAGAUCGGCGUCUUGUAGCCCAUGAAAGGGAAAGUUUGAAGCAAAAUCAAUCAAAGCAACUAAAGAAACAGGCGCCUCACUGCCGGUUUCGAUGACCACGGAUUUUUUGUCGAAAGAAUGCAUUUUAAUUUUUCAACUCUUUGUUUCAACUUUACGUGAUGACUUGGCUCACCAACAAUGAACACAAUGGAAGUCUUUGGAUUUAGAAAGACAGAAAUAAUUGGCAUUUUAGCACUAUUUUUCGGUCUGCUUCCGUUCGAUGUAGGGAAAGAAUUUUUGUUUUCGCUGAAGUGCGAGGGAAAAAGAAAGCAAAAAAAAAAAAAAGCAUGAGGAGAAGACCUUUUAACAUGGCAAGUGUGAAACCGUAAAUUUUGCAGAAUAUAUCUAUAUAUAUUUAUUUAUUUUUAUUUUUUAUUUUUUUUUUUCACUGGUCGACUGAAGCCACUUCCUCGAAAAUACGAAACUUGUAUUAAAGCCGCCUUCGAGGAGGGCGGCUGUUACACAGGCUAAGUAUAAACUGUUGGCGAAAAUCUUAUUUAUAAACAACACUUGCCCAGCUUACGCAAGUCAGGACAAUUGGAAACAAUGGGUUAAAGAAUAUAAAAUGUAUUUUGAAGGUAAUUUCCUGUCUCUUGUUUACACGUUAAAAGUUCUGGAUUAAGGAAGUUAACUGUACUAAUAUUUCCACAUUUGACUAAAGAAUGGGAAGGUGUUGAAUUUAAUUUGCUUUCUUGAACUUUCUUUGUUGUAUCGUCUCGCUGAGCGAAAGAAUAUCUUUGAAAGUAUGUGCUUUGUUUCUUUCAGACUAUUGUUAACUGUGAGAGCUAUUUUUGAAUUUCUGCUUUGCGACUUAGGCAAAGCGAACGCCACGCAUGUUAUUGGUGACUUGGCGCCAUUUCUUUGGCGCGCAAAACAAAUGUUUUGUGUGACGUCUUUGCUCGACCAAUUGACAGCCGCGUCGUCAAAAUUUUCAGUUUCAAUGGAAGCAGGUUGUUCACCGUUCGCUUGAGCUCGCUGUUGUGUUUUUGCAGCUAAAUUCAGGUCGAAAUUGUCGAUGGAAUGGUUCCUAACGUUUCCACAGACCAGCAGGGGAAGAUUUGUGUUUGCAUUGGUAGGUGUUUUAAAAUAAUUUAUAGGGCUUACGCAGUUUGUUUUUACAAUUUGGCGAUCACGGGACGAUGACUCAUCCAGUUGUCAAAUAUUUUUACGUUGACUAUAAUCAAUAAGCUGCGAAAGAAGGUAGAAGAACCAUUGUAUUCGAUUUUAAAUAGUAGAGAAUUUUCUUAAGCGAAAACCAUUCACGCUUAAGUUUUUUCAAAGCGUAAGAAUCGAAGUUUGCACGCUGUAAAUAUAAAAGUCGAGCUGCGCGAAUUUGACUUCUCGUCGCGUGCAAAAUUAAUAUUCAUGUAAAUAUGGGCUUGUUAUGCGAGGCUUGAAUUCAGUUUUAAAGUUUCGGCUAUCUGUUCUUUUUCUUCCUUGAGAAUAUAAUCUUAAUCUUCGUUGAAAUUAAACCGAUGCUAUCGAUUGAGUAAUUUUCUAAGUGUACGCUGAAAAACAGUGCGACGAAAACUUUGAAUGCAAACACAGUGCUGAAAUUUCCGGUAGAACUCCGCAGUUCUUUCAGGUACCAUUAAUUUAUACAUGUAUUGCGUCAUUGCCCAGUUAUAAACAGGCUGACAGGUGGUUAGAAUUGAAAAUGUAAAUUUUGCCUGUUUUUCUAAUUGUUAAGCUUAUUGAGACACGCAGAGUUUUGAAGAAGGAAUUUCGAAUUAUGUCUCGGUAUAAACACCUAUGUAAGAUUUCGAAGGCGCUAUGAACGAAAGCGAAUAUAUAUGCAGAAUCAGAAAAAAAAGCUAACAAAAAUAUUACGACGCUUGUUUCAUGAAUAAUUGUUUUAUUAUCAUUAUUAUUCCUAGCAAUUUGUUUGGCAUUUUCGGGACUGUAAGUUUGAAUUUUUCAUGUUUAAUGGUGAACCUGUUUGUUUCCAGCGCAUACUGACCUUCUAAAAGUUAUUGACUGCAAUAAUUUCUUGUUGCUAUGUUUUUCUGUUAUAGCCACUCAAGUUUAUCUGAUAGCAUGGCCCGGGACGCUCGCGAUUCGAACAGAUCCUUUAAAACAUACACGAUACCUCGCAAAGAAAGGAGGCCUUCGGAAGAUUGUCAGUUCACCCUGCCAGUGAACUCCAGAGAAGCCAAAGAAAUAGAACACGCUGUUAGGCGCCUGACAUGGAACACAAACAACCUAGACAAAGCUGUGAGCAUCUCGCAUAUAAAGAAAGUCGACAAUCCUGGCCUGGAGCGAGAGUACCACGAAAAGAGGACCGCACUGCGAGAAGAAGGUAGAUCCCCCAAGGAACUGACCCAACAGCUGGCGUUUGGCGUCGAGACGGAAGACACCCGUGUAAAGGAGAUAUGUAGACUGGGUUUGGAGUGUGAUGGAGUGAACGACACCCUCGGUGAUGGGGGUAUGGGAGUGACUGUGUGGAAAUGUCCUGAUCUGUGUCUCAGAGCGCUCAGUUGGCCCGCAUCGGGAACAGCUUACCUAGUAGUUUAUAAAACAGUGAAGGGCCGAGUGAAGUCCGUGACGCCAAAAUUAUCUCCUGAAACACCUAGCUUAGAACCAACUCCAAACUAUGACUGUCACAUUUCAAGAAACGUGGCCAAUUCCUCCGUUACGGACCUGUCUACACUCAUGAGAAGCACUCAGUAUUAUCUCUAUGAAUACGAUGACGAGGGACUUCCCUCAAAACGUCCACGGCACUGUCUUCCUUUCGCCGUGAUACAUUUGUUGAGAAAUGAAAGUACCGCUGGUGUAGUACAGCCCAUGCCUCCUUCAGAGAAGCCUGCGAGUCCUGUUAAAGAAUCUAACAAACUAACUGAGGGCAUGAAGACUCCUUCCUUUAGUGACGAAGAUGGCAUUCUGGCAUGGAGAGGCUUAGUAACGAGUAACGAAAAGAGCUUGGGUUGCGUGUCGUUAUUGACGGGGCACAAACUGGGCCUCAACUUUUGGAAAUCUUAUCUUGACGUCUCCAGAAAAAUGCCUUUAAAACAGUUGAGUUUGAUGCUACCUGGAGAUGCAAAAAGCGCUUGGAAGUCACCUCUGUUGUACCGAAACCACGUCCUCAGUCUUUGCACAAUGAAGCCGGCGCCAAGGCAACCCAAUGAAAAGUUCACAAACUUCACGAGACACUUGGCCAUUAAAGCCAAAGCGGCUGGUGUACUGUGCAUCGAUUCAUUCACUAGCUUGUUUCUUGUUCCUUCUAGUAAACUGGCCAUACGUCUUGGAUUCUGCACAGCUGAGAAGCCACCUCGAAUGUUUUGUAUUGUGUGUCGCCGGCAUUCAAGUUUACUCUUCCCAACCUCCGCUUUGCCUCAAGCAAGUCCUGCGACCUCACCUCCGGGCAGUCGAUCAGCCCCUGCUUCACAUACAGGUAUUACUGCAGAGACGGUUACGGCCGCCGUAAGACCAGCGUCGUUGGAUUUAAAAGCACAACACAAAGCAAAGAUCGUAGUAUCUUCACCAGAGAAUAACUUUCCUAAGCGCACACAUCCACGCCAUAUCGCCAAGAGAUCCCUGUCGUUUCCAUUUAGCCCUGUGAAAGAUUACAACAAACGUUCGCUCAGGAUUUCGAGGAGUGCAAGUACUUCUGCAAGAGACGGUUUCCGGGAUGGCAAUUCAGAACUCAAGCCUCCUACACCAGACAGAUUUCUUGAGUUACAAACCAACUGUAACGGUUCAUCAAGAGCGCGAGAGUUUGAACAAUAUUCCUGCCCGGGAUCUCAAUUAAAAUUAUCGAUGUCGACGCAUGACGCAAGUAAGAAGAAUGUGGCCAUGAAACAAUCCCAGCUAACUCCACCAACUGCCAAAGAGGCGUGCCAUGAAAACUCGUGUACGGAAAAGAAACUCUCAAGCUCUGUAACUGGUGGAGGGAAAUACGAUGCAUCAUUUUCCAGCAUUUCUCUGACAAAGAAUGAAUCUCCGGUAAAGUCACCAGCUGCUUGCGUUAUUCCAAGCCCCAGUAGUGGCGGUUUGUCGCCCUUUUGGCCUGAUUCCCCAAUUGUGUUUUCCUCUGGUUCCGAUAAGAGUCCAUUCUUAUAUGAUGCGCCUUCGAAAAAAGACGAAAGAACUGAAGGUAAGAGAAGAUUGCCAGCGAACAGUGGAGAUAACUGGCGCGUCAAUCUGUCACAGUCAAGAGAUGAACUAUCCGGAAAAAUGACGCGGCAGUUGACAAAAAGAGACGAAGAAGCUGAUUCCACUCCUAGGAUGUUAAUGGGAAGACCUUUUCGAGCGUCGGAAGAGAAAACUCCUGACGGUACAAAAUUACAUCUGGAGAACUGGAACACAACCUCGUCAUUCUUGAGUGACAAACAAGCCUUGCACAGCUUGAGGAAGGCAGCUGCUCUUCAGAAAGGCUCUAAACUCCAUAACAGCACAGAGUCCCGCGAUGAUCUGCAAACCAUUGACAUGGAAAUCUCUGAGCCGUCGAACACAGACUCAUCAAACCUGACAAACAUGGGAGCUGAUGAUAGCUUGGACAAAGUGGCUAUGCGUUCAAGACUCCUUCAAGUGCACGAUGAUCUACAAACUGUCGAUAUGGAAAUAUCCGAGCCAUCAGAAUGUCCCAUUAUUUUAAGUCACGCGUUUUCGUGCGCCCCCUCGGUGCCACUUCACGAUUGUUCGUCGAGCUAUCCAAUACAGUUAGCCAGUGGUAUUACACCAGUUGCGGGAGGUCUACAUUCAGGUGGCUCCAUUACCAAACAUGCGCAUGAUUCUCUGGAGAGUUCUUUGCCAUCAAAUACCGCAAAGAUCUCAGAGCUAUCGUUGUCAGCAUUCAACGAUUCUGGGAACUCAAGGAAAGAAGACGUUAGAAACUCCUUGGAGCACGACGAGGUCGAUAACGAAAUGUCCCUUGCGCCUAACGAAAGGGCAUUUGCAAUGGGCAGCAUAACACUAAACGUGGAUAUGUACCCCAAAGCCUCGGAAUCAGGUGACAUUGUAGAACCCGUUGAUAUGGAUAUUACCGAUGACGUGGAACUGUUGUCUAACACUUUCGAGUUCGAAGAUGACCGACCUACAACUAAGAAAACAGCAGGGGUACUCGAUGAUUACAAUGCAAAUAGCGGUGUGGAAAGGUUUUCGCCAAAAGAAUUGGCAAACGAUCCUAUUGAAAAUAAAGGCAGUCUGGGUACUGGUUGUUAUCUCAGUAAGCAGCAUGUUUCUGGGACAAGCGAAGACAGGGUACUAGAGGUUGUAGAGAACGCAGCGUCAGGGAUCACCACUGACCAUUCUAAUGACAAAUUGACGAGUAAUAAACGAUCUUAUUCUAGCCUGACCUCGUCAUCCGAGCAAGAUAUUGAUGCUAGGGUUCUCAACCCUUUGCAGCAGAAACCAAAACACGUUUCAUCGGAAGAUGCGACUCAGAUGACUUGUUCACCAUUACCAAGUAAGAAAAACCCUUCAACGUGCUCGAUCACUAACCGUAAAGCUAUUGGAUUUUCUCUGUCACCAAAGAAAUCCACAAAGGUUAUUGCGCGCUUGUUGAAAACACUACAAAACACCUUUGCGGUCAAGACGAAUUGUGAUCAACCUUCUCUUUGUAAAUCCAACGACUUAAGAAGUACUGAACUUUCUUCUGUUAAGUCUUCACCUCUUAAAUCGACCACCGAUCAAAGCAAUGACUGUAUCAGCAGAAUAAAUUCUGAUGACUUUGCAACUAUGGACGAAAGUAGAGACUGCAAACCAUUGGCUGUGAGUUGUACAGCUUUUGAAAGAGACGACACGGAUUUCCCCGAGCAUGCAGGUUCACACUUGGGGGGUGUUAUCGAAACGUCAUUAUUUCAAGACUGGGGAGUCACAGAAGACUCUCUGAUUAGCGCAGACCAUGACGGAUCUACUGAAGUUUAUGAUUUUGUGUCGCAAGCAGACCAACCCGUAGAACCGAUUGAAACAUGGCCCGUGAUUGACGAUGGUGAUUUUCCAGAUCCGGAAAUUGUUGUUUGUUCACCACUGAAUUCAAUAGAAACAUUCACGUUUAGAUUUCCAGGAGAAUCUGGGUUUGAUGAAGACGAGGACGAGGUAAUCCCGAGGGAAACGAAGACAACCGAGGAAGAAACGAUUCUUGUCGAGGAGAGAUUUCUAGGUUUCUUUAUGGGACCAGAAGUCGUUAUUUGCUCGGAUGGGAACACGGAAGCGAUCGUGACACCUUCGGAAGAACUGGAGUCGGCAGCAUUUCCUCCUGAAAAGAACAACGAUGAGGCGACUUCAAGAGAGGAAUUGAAAACCAAAGGAUUUGAGGGUGAGGAUUUAAAUAUAGCAGAAUGCUCGCGACCUGUUGACAGGCAGUGUGCACGAACAGAAAGCUGCAUGGAAGGGUGCUCAGAGAAGCUGUCACAAUCUCUAGCGUCCCAAAGCUUAUCCAAAGACGAACCUUUGAUCCAGUCAGAGCAGUCGGUAGUAUCUCAAGAGGUGGACCCAGUGAAAGGAGGUGAUGCAUCACCUGAAGUUCCGGAGACAGAGAUCCCCUGUCCCGAGAAAUUGAACACCACGUUAAGCGGCUGCAUGAAAAGUGUAGAGAACCUGUCUAUACCGAAAACGGUACCGCAGUUGGAGGAGCCUCCAUGCGAAGGGGACCAUUCAUCAGAAACGCGAGGGGUAAAGACAAGCCCUGGAAAUGAAGAAAAGCAAAGAUUGGAAACAGUGAAACGUCCGGGCAAAUUAACCUGUGCAGCAGAAGUUAACAUGAGCAACAGGCUCGGUGGAAACAGGACAGAAAGAGGUGAAAAAGAAACGUUGUUGUAUCCAACAGAUUUUCCAGAAGUUGUUCAUGGGAAGACACAUCGUGACAAUUCGAUUGAAAGAGUACAAGCAUUGAACAUUCCGAACGGUUUGCCAGACACUAGAGUAGAUCCACAACAAGAAAAAAAGCUUCCUGGCUGCGAGGAACCGAUAACAUUACCAAAGACCCGCAUCACUGAUAAUGGUGAGGUGAAACGAUCAAGUGACAAAACUCAAAGCACAGCUGCUUUGAACGAAGGAGUAACAUCCACAACGCUUAGUUAUCCAUCACCACCACAAAGCAGCAGCAAACUUCAGUGCAGUGGAGUAAAUGAACCCACAGACUAUACCUCAACGAAACAUUUGCCUCUGAAGCCUGUAGAGUCAAAUGCUAAAAUAGUUACGGACGGCAAGCCGGUUGAGGAGACUAUCAGGACAGUUCAAUGUUCUGGCGUUACUGUGAGUCAGCCUCGUUUGUACAGCAACCCAGAGAUUGAUAGCCAAAGAGGCAAAACCGGAGAACGCCACUGUGAUCGGGAUUGUCGAGGUAAGAAUGAACCUCUGAAGGACAUUAACGAUCUGCAAAGAGACCACAGGGUGCUAAAUGGGAAAAGGAAACUUGUAACAGAGCCUGAAAAUAUGGCUAAACAGCUGAAGUUGAGUCCAGAGCCUCCAUGGGUGUCUUUAAAAUCGCAAGAAGUCGACUUCGGAGACAAUCGUCUCUACCGACAUUACACGGAAAGAGGACGAUCUGAGUACAGACAGGCCGAAUACGGUGGACAGUAUCCUAGUCCUUAUUGGAUGGCACCGUCCUUGCCGGCACAUCUACCCGUGCGCAACGGAGAGUGGGGAGGACUGCCCCGUGUGGUUCCAAGUGAUCCGCCCUGGUACCCACCAGGAGGAGUUACAAACCAAAACCGCUUUGAAGGCGUGUAUCCCAGUUCAGCAGAUUUUGGUAGGGCUAUUUUUGCUCCCAUAAUGUACCGUGCACGUCCCAUGUUCUCGCCACCUGGUACCGUACCAGGCACUUGGCAACUUCCUGGGAAUUCGUGUCACGUGACUUAUCCCUUGCUUGGACGACGAUAAUCGGUCAAGAAAUAGAAUCAUAGUUUACAGCCCAGUCCACACUACGCUGGAGAAAUUUGAAAAAGGACGUUUUCACUCUGAAAACGCGUCAAAUGUUUUCCGUCCACACGACGCCGGAGGAAUUUGAAAACGCAACAAUUACCGGUCAUUUUGGAUUUGCGUUUGAGAAAAACUCCCGUAAGGAAAUCACCUUGUCAAAAUCAUUAUCAAAAAGCUUCGUUUCUUAAAUGUUUUCCUUCCAAAAUAAAACGCAAAGCCGGCGUUUUUAAAUUCCUCAGUUUGAAGAGCGUUUGAAAAGCUC